CAAUGACGUGUGUAAAACAGGAAGAACUUCCAUUGUGUUUAUUUCGUGGUUUGGAUUACAUAUUUCUUGGAAGCCCUGCCAGUUAGAAAGGUGUUGCUGUCUCUCUAGCCAGACACACAAUGACGCACUGGUUUCAUCGAAAUCCUUUGAAGGCGACAGCACCCGUGUCGUUCAAUCUGUAUGGAGUGGCAUCCAGUCCUGCUGCCAGUAAAAUUUGCAAUGACCUGAGGACAACACGGGCUAGGCUUUUGGACAUGUUCACAGAUGCUACCUGCACUCCCGAGAUCAUGAAGAAGGCCACUGAUGAAUAUUUCUCGCUUUUACAGGGGUUCAUUGUAUCUCUGGACGGUACUACACAAGAGAACAAGCUACGUUUCAUUCAGAACUUCAAGUGGACUGACACUUUGCAAGGAAACACACCAAGUUCUCAACAAGAUGCUGUUUUUGAGCUGGUAUCCAUGGGAUUUAACGUUGCCAUUUGGCAUACUAAAUUUGCAUCAAGGCUUGCUGGAAAGGAAAACAUCACUGAAGAUGAAGCAAAGGAUGUUCAUAAGAGUCUGAAAAUUGCUGCAGGAAUUUUCAAGUAUCUUAAGGAGAUUCAGAUACCCCGUCUUAUCACACCAGCUGAGAAAGGCAGAGACCUGGAGCUGAGGGUCAUUGACACCUACAUUGUGCAGAGUCAAGCAGAGGCUCAGGAAGUGACCAUUGCCCGUGCAAUUGAGCUGAAGCAUAAUGCAGGCCUUAUUGCAGCAUUGGCAUUUGAGACAGCAAAUUUCUACCAAAAGGCUGAUCAUACUCUUAACACACUGGAGCCAGAUUACAGCAGUAAGUGGAGAAAGUAUCUGCAGCUGAAACAGCACUUUUACAUGGCUUAUGCACACUGCUACCAUGGACAGACUCUCCUUGCUAGUGACAAAUGUGGAGAGGCCAUAAGAUCCUUGCAGGAGGCUGAAAAGUGUUACUCACGUGCAGAGGUGCUGUGUAAAGAAUACCGUCAGACCAAAGGCCCAGGGAGCACUGCUAAGCCCUCUGAACAGCUUUUCUUUAGGAAACUUGGCAGCCUGAUCAAGAACACUCUGGAAAAAUGCCAGAGGGAAAAUGGCUUCAUAUACUUCCAUAAGGUGCCUGCAGAAGCUCCUGUUUUGGAGCUGAAGGCAAGUUACGGCUUGGCUGAGCCCAUUACCUUUGACCUCCCUGCUCUCAGUGACCACUGCACUCCUGAGGUCUAUGCCACAUUUGAUCUCACUAGAGGACUGAAAGAUGACCAGGCAAAAGCGAAACCCAAGCAAGAGGAGGACAUUAAACCCGUGAAGGAACCUGAUCUCAAGCCUCAGAAAGACACUGGCUGUGUGAUAUCUUAGGCAUUUUUAGGAACUAUCCACCAAGUACUAGAAUGGGAGUCUAGAUCCUUUUCCUUCUCAUUAAAUCUCAAAAUGAUUAAUCUUUUCUCAUCCCAGGCCCAGUAUCUAUACUGAUAUAAGAUCUAAAAAAGUGGGAAGCAAUACAUUGCAAUACCCUUGUUACUGUAAUGUUUUUUGGAAUAUUUUGCGAAGUCAGUAAUUUAUGUGAAUAACGUUUCACUGUAGUCUUGUUCUUCCAUACUGCUGAAACAGUAAAUUUAGUUUAACAUGAAGAUGUUUUUUGAGAUUGAGGAGGGGACAAGAGAAUUUGAGGUUGUUAAUGUUCAAAUUAAUUCAGUUACUUUAACUGACUCACCAUACUUGAAUUAUAUUGUAUGUUUAAUUGAUUUAGAAGUUACUCUCAUAAUUUAACUUAUACUUAAAUAUUUUAUUCAAAUACAAGUACUAGAGUAGAGCAUUUCACUGCUCUUGCCACCUCUGCUAAAAAUACAGCUGGCCGUGUGUAAGACUAAUUUUGGGGAUCUCUAGAUGAUUUUUUUGGGCAAUAAUGUGGCACUUAGGUUCCUAAUCUAUAGGGCAACUUAUAUCUAAAUUGAAACCAUAUAGAGCUAGUUUCUUGGACAUGGAUUAAACCCAGACUAUAAAGAGCAAUGCUUGUGGUGGUUUGCCUUUAAACAUUCUACAGUCUUGUCUUAGGCUUAAUCUGGGUCUAGGAAAUCAUUAAUAGUCAUAUUAAUUUUAAGUGAAGUAAUCUAUGUUUUAUUAUUCAGAGUCAGUCAAACAAAACAUAGUAUGAUGUGCAAAACAUGUAGUAGGUAAUUCUAUUCAUUUUAACAUUAAUUUUAACAUUUGACAUAUGAAAAAAUAAGAUUUACUCUCAGCAGUGGAACAAAGACAGGUACAUGUCCUCAUCUAGGUUAAUAUGCACAGUGGAGCAAUGACCAGUUCAAAUUUGAUACCCACAUAAGUGUCCUUUUAGAAAAAAAAAAGCCCUUGGUCACUUGUUCUUUUACUGGCUCCAAAGACUGAACGUGUCACAGUUUUGGUUGCAUGUAAUGUUCACAGCAAAGUUGUGAAGUGCCAUUAUACCUAUACUAGAUGUCACUAGAUACAAGAAGGUAAAACUUGACCCCCCCCCUCCAAGAUGUUUUUUUGUGACAUUAGGCAUGCAGUGAGGAUUACAAUGAUAAUGCUGUACAUAUAUUAGACACAAUAUAAUGUCUCAAUAUCAGUCUUGGUGAAAUACAUUCAGCGCUUGAAGUUUUUUUUCCUUUUACCUGAGCUUCUUUUGCUAUGUUUCUGUUUUCUAACUGGGCUGAAUUUGUAAUUGUUAAUAGUCUGUAAGCAAAUUUCACAUUCCGGGGAACCAGUAUGGCUCAUUUACAAGAGGUGAUGCUCUGCUAUAAGUACAAAAUACACAGUGGAUUGUCUACUCCAUAUGUUAUUAUACAUUUUCAUAUAUCCAUAGAUCUGUCUGAUACUGAAUGCAUUCAUAUACACAAUUAUGCACAGACACACAUGUAAAAUGUUCUAUCCAUUAUUUCACAUUUUAAAGUGUGAACAUCAGGUUAGCUUGCACUAGUACCAAAUAUGACAGGCACAGAGAUUAUAGACACGUUCAAUACAUACAUUUUAGUUACAAUACAACAGUUUAGUUAUAAUACUGAUUUCAUACUGAACUGUUUUUAACUUUUGUUUUUAAUUUCCUUUUAAUUAUAUAUGUUAAUAAUUAUUUACAGUUCUGUAGAGGGGAAGAUCUCAUUUGCCUAAAUUCACAUUUUUUUACAUUAGCUAGUCAAUAUCUAGAUAUGGUAAUCUCCAGAAUAUGUACUUGCAGACUGCUGUGACUUACUGUCAUAUAUUUAAUGCCUUUGUCCAUUAAAAUGUUCAAAUAGCUAUUUUGCAGCUUUGA